GGACCAACACUUUUUCCUGAUCGGCAACGAGACAAAUGGCGGGGCAGGGGGGCUUCUAUUCGCUGCAGGACGACGAGGAGGAGGGCGGUGGAAGCAAAGCCGGGCCCUCGACUACAUCAAGGAGAGCGGCCGAGGACAUGGACCUGGCGCCGGCGUCGCAGGCGAGGGCGAGUGUCGCGCCGCUGGUCAGGCUGCAGGGCGCAUGGGUGUCGGAGCGCGGGGCGCCGGAGCUGCUGCCGUGGGAGGGCGAGUCGGUGGACGCCGUGUGCUCGCAGAUCGAGGAGCAGGUGUCCAUCAUCGACUCGCUCGGUGCCGACGCUUCGACCAAGGAGGAGGAGCACGUCCGGCUCGCCCUCGUCGAGCUCGACGUCGAGCGGGCCCGCUGGCUGCUCCGCUCGUAUCUGCGCUGCCGUCUCGAGAAGAUCGAGCGGCAUGCAGCCCACCUGGCGCUCGAGGCGUCGCACCGGCGCAACCUUUCGCAGCUCGAGCGGGGCUACGCACUCAAGUACGCCGACAUGGCGGCGAGCCACUACACGAGCGCGGUCCUCGACUUUCUGCCCGACAACAUGCGCGGCCUCGACGACCGUGCGCCGGGCGGGCCGCGGGGCGACAUGGUCGUGGGGCCAGACCUGGAGCGGCCCGUGUUUGUCCAGUGCCUCGCCGACUGUGGCUCGCUGGACAUUGGCCUCGACGGCGAGACGGCCCUGCUGUCGAAAAACACAAUCCACCUGCUGCGCUACCGGGCCGUGCGCCACCUCGUCGAGACGGAGCGCGUCGCGCUGCUGUGAGCGCAUACACACACCACCCUGUAUCACUAGUAGUCGAUUUGUUCAUUACAAUUGCACAGUUACAUCCUGCAU